AAAUCCAUAAACAAAAGUAAAAGAUAUGUCUUCUUCUUCUUUUGCUCUGUUCAACGCUCAACAAACGGUAUGACUAAAAAAGUCAAAACAAACUAAGAAGAAGACAAUUAUUUAUAAAGACAUUGAGAAUUGAGUUUGAGUACCAAACGUAACUCUCCAUUGAUGAAUCAAGUAGUUCAUCUUCUGGAUGCCGUACUGUCUCUCCUUCAACCAAGCCUCUCCAGAGGCCUCUCUCGGCGACGACCCUCUUCCCCAUCCGUCCUUAGAGAGUGGUGCGGCGGCCUCCACUUCCAGAAACGACGCUUCUAUUCCCUCUCCCACGUUUAACCUCAGCCAUGAGUUGGCUCACGCUUUUCAAACCCCUUCCUACCACGACAUACGUUCACGAGUUCACGUGAUUGAUCCCACGCAACAUCAUCAUAAACAUCACCAGACCCAACCGGACAUUGAGCUGCUUCUCUCUCAAGUACUCCAACCGAACAAAGAAUGUGUUCAAGAAGCUCUUAGACACGCCAAGCAAACUACACUUACCAAUCUUGUCUCCACUUACUUCCAACACAGCGAAAACGCUACCCGUCUUUGCUUGAAUCUUUACCAAAACGUCCACAGUGCUCGCCACUACCUUUACACGCCCCUUUUAGAGCUCUUCAACGUCUUUCCCGGUGAUUCCCACGUCGCCAUUGACGAAUCCCUCUGUAAUUUGGCGUUUGACGUUUUUCUUAAGCUCGACACGUUUGAAAACCCUUUCUCAUCUCCUGAAUCUUACAGCUUUCAAGAGACCCAAUUAUGCUUCUCCCAGCUGAAGCAUAAGCUGGACAGCCGUCUCCACAAGUCUAGGUCACGGGUCCGCCUCCUCCACCAUGCCACAGCUGGUCCCUUGUGCAGUACCUAUCUCUCUCACAGUUUCAAGAAGAAGGAGUUGACUAACAUUUCUCAGCUCAAUGCUGCAGCCAAGGGUACUUUUGUGCUCAACAAAGAUCUUGACACCAUUGACCGUCUUGUAUCCCGUUUACACACAGGGAUUGAAUACGAUAAGCUUUUCAUUCGGCUUGGAUUGGAGAGGGGGAGGGAUGUGCAUUCAAUUCAGGAGAUUGCCAAACAGCUUCGCAAGAGCCACCUUAACCUAACCCAUCAACUCAAGGAUCUUGAGGAUCAUAUUUGCCUUUGGUUCACUAACGUUAACAAAGCUAGAUUCUUGCUCCUUAAAGAGAUCCAUCUUUCCCGAACCCAGAAUAAUCUGUAGAGAGAAGAAAUUACUGCCAUCUAGAAUCUAAAAUCAAUCAAGAUUACAAAGGUCAGUGGUUUUUGCAUAAAUUCAUAUAUCUGGAUAAUUGGAUCACAUCGGUAUUUCUUGUUAUCAUGUUCCUGUUAAUGCUUAUUGUGUGUUUGAGGGGCAAUAUUUGUUUUGUGUGAUUUGGGAUAAUAUUUGACUUCAUUUCUCUGUACAUUUACCUUUGGCUCUUACAGUAUCAUGACUCAUGAGCUUAUGAGAGAGGACAACAAGACCGAGUUGAUAAACAUAUACGUUAUUUGAGCUAUCUGUAGCUGGGAAUGGAGACUUAAGCACUACCAGUAGUAGUUCGAUAUUGUAUGUUGUAUUGGUUCAUAUCAUCAUAUCGAACAAUUCUUUUUGGUAAAUAAUCUUGUUCCACUUGGAUUUAAUAACAAUCAAACAGUACCUGUUGCACU